AGGAAGUGACGACUAGAUGCUUCCGGGUGUGUGGGGGACACGUGUGUGGGGUUCCUGAGUCUCCGGAGACAAGUUGGGGUCCGUGUUUUGGGUGUCGGACUAACAGGACACAUGGCUCAGAAGAAGCGCAAGGGAGCCCGUGCAAGGAAGCAGCAGGAUCGAGGGGGAGAUGACAGUGACACGGGCGAGUUUGAUGUCAGCGCUGGGGUCCCGGAGCAGGAUGAGGGGCGGAAGCAUCUCCCAUCAUUCCCAGCAGCAGAUGUUGGCUCAGACACAGAGCUGGAUACAAGACAGCUGGUCCGGGCUCAAAAUAAGAAGAAAAAGAAAUCUGGAGGUUUUCAGUCUAUGGGUCUUAGCUAUCCUGUCUUUAAAGGAGUGAUGAAGAAAGGUUACAAGGUACCAACGCCUAUUCAGAGAAAGGUUAUACCAAUCAUUCUAGAUGGCAAAGAUGCGGUUGCUAUGGCAAGGACCGGCAGUGGGAAGACUGCCUGUUUCUUGAUUCCAAUGUUUGAAAAGCUGAAGGCGCACAGCGGACAAACAGGAGUUCGUGGGCUUAUCCUAUCACCUACCAGAGAGCUUGCCCUGCAGACACUCAAAUUCACUAAGGAGCUUGGAAAAUUUACUGGCUUGAAGACUGCACUGAUCUUAGGUGGAGACAGGAUGGAAGAUCAGUUUGCUGCCCUUCAUGAAAACCCUGAUAUAAUUCUUGCCACGCCUGGUCGUCUAAUGCAUGUAGCUGUGCAGAUGAACCUAAAGCUGCGUAGUGUGGAGUAUGUUGUAUUUGAUGAAGCAGACAGGCUAUUUGAGAUGGGCUUUGCGGAGCAGUUGCAGGAAAUUAUUUCCCGUCUUCCGGAAACUCGACAGACUUUGCUUUUCUCUGCAACCCUUCCUAAGAUGCUGCUGGAAUUUGCACGGGCUGGUCUCACUGAACCAGUGUUGAUCCGUCUAGAUGUUGACUCAAAGCUUAGUGACCAGUUGUCGCUGUCGUUUUUUCAUGUGCGGGCAGAGGAUAAACCUGCUGUGCUCCUUCAUUUGCUGCGCUGCGUUGUGAAGCCUCAGGAACAAACUGUGAUUUUUGUGGCUACAAAACACCAUGCAGAGUACCUGAAAGUGUUGCUUGACAUGCAGGGUAUCCCCUGUUCCCACAUAUACAGCGCUCUUGAUCAAACUGCUAGGAAGAUAAAUCUGGGCCUCUUCCUGCAUGGGAAAGUUCGCGCACUUUUAGUUACUGAUGUGGCUGCGCGAGGCAUAGACAUACCCAUGUUGGACAAUGUCAUCAACUAUAAUUUCCCACCUAAGGCUAAGCUUUUCCUCCAUCGUGUCGGCAGAGUUGCGAGAGCGGGUCGAAGUGGUACAGCAUAUUCCCUUGUAGCUCCAGAUGAAACUCCAUAUGUGUAUGAUCUUCAUCUCUUCCUUGGAAGGCCACUGAAACUGGCUGGAGAGCCAGAGACUUGUUCAGAAACAGACACGGAUGGUGUCUUGGGACGAGUACCACAGAGCUUGAUAGAUGAUGAAGAUGCUUUGCUCAUCACAGACCGCGAGAGGUCUUUGGAGCUGCAAAACCUCCAUCAUGUGGCUGAGAAUGCGUACAAACAAUACAUAAAAUCUAGGCCAGCUCCUGCUGCCGAGUCCAUAAAGAGAGUCAAAGAAGCCAACUACAACCAACUAGGAGUUCACCCUCUUUUUUGGUCCCGUCUUGGUGGUGAAGAAAUGCAGAGAUUGAAGUUUGUGGACAGCAUUAAAUCUUACAAAUCGAAAGCGACCAUUUUUGAGAUAAAUGCCACUAACAAGACGACUGCAAGUGAAGUGAUGAGAGCGAAACGCAAUCGGGAUUUUGAAGUUAUCACCAAGUUCCAGCGGGUGCAAGAUGAGAAAGUGAAGACUACAAUGCAAUGUGCGCCUAGUGUUAAAACCAAUGUAGCACCCAGCCAAGACGGGGCAGAAGAAAACAUUGAGGGAGUCUUUUCACAAGUACUUGGCAAGAGGAAGAGAGAAGCUGGAGGUGAGAAUGAAGGAAUGACUAAAAAGAAGGGAGGUGUUUCUCAGGAUUCAGAAUAUUAUAUCCCAUACAAACCAAAAGACUUUGAGAGUGAGCGAGGACUAAGCAUUGCAGGCAACAGCUUUGAGAAGGAAGCUGCAGGGGCAGUACUGGAUUUGCUGGGUGACCAGACAGAGGAUCUCACGAAGACGAAGCACAUCAUGAAGUGGGAUAGAAAAAAAAAGAAGUUUGUGGGAGCUGGAGGACCGCAGGACAAGAAGAAAAUAAAGACAGAGAGUGGACGAGUCAUCAGCAGCUCUUAUAAAACUAACAUAUAUGCGGAUUGGAAGAAGAAAUAUAAGAUUGAUGAUCAGGAUUCUGAAGAGGAAGAAGAAAGACAGAAAGGAAACUCACAUAGAAAGGGCAGAGGUGGACGUAGGGGUUCCCAAGGGACACCUCAUUCUGAAUCUGCAGGGCCACGUGGCAAGCCAAAAUCUGAGCUGCGGAACAAGCAGCAGAUCCUGAAACAGAGGAAAGCACAGGCAAAACAAAACUUCUUACAAAAAGGCGGACUAAAGAAAAUGAAAGCCAAAACAAAGCAAAAGGUGCAACAGAUGAGGAAAUCUGCUUUUGGCAGAGGGAAGAGCAGUGGUUUCAAGAAAGGGAAAAUGAAAAGAUAAAGACCAGUUCCUGGACUGCUGUAGGAUUUUCCUUAACCCUUAUGGAUAGCAUCCUUUACUGUGUGAAGUCGAAGGUGGUUCUGUCCUGUUAGCGAAUCAAUACCUGUAUAUUUAUGGGCUGUACAUACUGUUUCCAAGGGCAGAGAUUUGGAUUUUGGUUUGAUACACACAAGGAAAACAUUAAAAAAGCCUAUGUUGUCGGACAGAAGCAGUACAGUCUGACCUACAAAGAGACAAAGCCAAUGCUUUUAUGAUGUAUCUAAACUUUAUUAAACACAUCUGUACAAUG